ACGGAGAGCAAACCCAAUAUGAAUAUGAUAACGCUAAUUCAAAUUAGCGCCUUAUGCAUAAGGGGACUCGGGUAGAUUGAUAAGACGUGAAUACAAAUAACGCUUUUCCUCCGGCCCGAAACUCGGUUCGAAGAAGAUGAACCAGAUGUUAACUCUACGGCUUCCUUCGAUGGCGCUUUCUUUCACUACAGCUCUAUAUUCGUGGCGCUCUCGACCAGGCCCUAAUCUCCUCCGCGUUCGACCGGCGUUCACAGCUCUCCGACCACUCUCUCUUUUCUAUAACAAAAUCGGCGUCCUCGCUUUCUGUUCCAGCGAUUCCUUAUCAGUCCCCGAAGAAUCAUCAAAACGCGGCCUGCUUAAGCCUGGUUUAUAUAUUGUAGGAACACCAAUUGGAAAUCUCGAAGAUAUCACCUUACGCGCUCUCCGCGUGCUGAGAUCAGCGGCUGUGAUACUCUCAGAAGACACGAGGCAUUCGGGGAAGUUGCUUCACCAUUACAAUAUCGAAACUCCGCUUCUGAGCUAUCACAAAUUCAAUGAAUCUCAUAGAGAAAAGACUGUGUUAAAGAGGCUGAAGCAAGGUGAGAUCGUGGCGUUGAUAAGCGAUGCCGGUACUCCGGGCAUAAGUGAUCCUGGCAUGGAAUUGGCAAAGUUAUGUGUGGACGAAAAUAUUCCUGUUAUUCCUAUUCCUGGGCCUUCUGCUCUGGUAGCAGCUCUUUCGGCCGCCGGUUUGGCUACUGAUGAAUUUACAUUUGUUGGGUUUCUUCCUAAGCAUGCCGGAUCGAGAAGAGAGAGGCUGAUGGUUUCUGCAAAUGAGAUGACAACUCAAAUAUUCUACGUUCCUCCGCACAAGCUUAACCAGUUUCUUGAAGAAACUUUUUUACAUUUUGGUGGCUCUAGACGAUGUGUCAUAGCUCGGGAGAUGACAAAAAUACAUGAAGAGUUUUGGCGGGGUACAUUGGGGGAAGCGAAAGAAGUGUUCUCGUCUCACCAACCAAAGGGAGAAAUUACACUAUUAAUUGAAGGGAAGACAAAAUCUACGGUUGAAACUCCGUCAGAAUGUCAGCUUGAGAAUGAAUUGAGAAAUUUGAUCUCCAGUGGGCAUAGUCUUUCUACAGCUGUCAAGUUGGUGGCUGGCGGAACAUCAGUCAGUAGGAAAGUGAUAUAUUCACUUGCAUUGAAGAAAUUUGGGAAGCAACUUGGAGCAGAGGAUGAUUCAAAUUAAUGCAAACCACUCUGGAAAUCUGUGAUUGGUCAAUUUUGAAAUCUGUGCUUAGGUAAUUUUCGUGGCCUUGCGUUUGGAUGAAAAUGAUGUCUCAUUUCUCUGUUGUUAGUUUAUUUUAUGCUGCGAUAUGGUGCCAAUGGACCAACAGUGGAGCAAAUGUAUGUGCAACCUUUUUAUCUUCUUCCAGUGACAAGACGCUUCAAGUGAAUAAUCUUUUGUCGUGUUAGUUGUCAUGGCUAGAAACCUGGAUACGGGUAAUCUAGGUUUCCAGCAAAGAUGAGACAUCCUAAGAAGAUACUCCCAUCUGAAACAUCUUGCUCCUUUACUUCAAGCCAAAAGAGAGAAAAACAAAAACUUGGUCCAUGAAUUGUGAAUGAUUGUACUAUUAUUAUUGUAACAGAUGUUUACCCACAGAUUUGUCUUACUAUCUACUUAUUGUGCCGACGACGCAUCUAUCCCA